UAAUUUCUUCCCCACUCUCUUCAUUAUCAGUAGUAUAUUUGGAACACUUUCGUUACUCUUACGCCAUCUGUCGAUGGUCACGUUUCUAGCAACUCAAGACCUUCCUGAGAGAAUGGAAAACGAAACUUAUACAAUUGUUAAACUUGCGCCAUAUUUAUACGCCUCAGAUUGCCCCGGUGCAAGUCAGAGAUUUAGUGCUUCAGACACAAGUUGCAAGUUAGUUGUUGUCGGCUAGGCGAAUGUAGUUUGGCUAUUUAUAUUCUAUCAGACGUCAGGUUAAUCAGACAUCCUCAGAGUAACACAUUGACGAGCACCGCACGAGGAACCUUACCGCAUCAACUUCAGACCGUGUGUCUUUAGCUAGCGGGACUUAUAAUAGCUUUAGUUUUUUUCUUGACGGCCUACAACAUACUUUACUGUGUUUAAACCAUAGUGAUGCCGUCUUCCGGGUGGCCUCAGUACCUGAACGUGUUAUUUGUUUACUUGGAAAUCACACUGGAGUCCUCUUGCUGUUGUAGCCUGCUGUAGGCCUAGCGUGCCCUACAACUUCAACAAUUUUUAAGGUGAAGUCCUCCUCGGUCUGACUCCCCAGCCCCUCGGCUGCCCCCCACGCGCCCCCUGCCCCUGCCCACUGAGCUAUGAGCAGAGGCAGAGGAGGGCCCCCAACAGAGCACCAGCGUUUCCUCCAGCCGCGUUAUCCAGGCAAACCCCGACACGGCCCCUGCCGUCCGCCCUUUGGCCCAAGGAACCAAAGCCCCAACUCGUUUCACGACAGGCAUCCACCGCUGCCUCCUCCCGGGCCUCCUGCCGGUCCCGGUCCUGGUCCGUGUCCUCCGUUCGGAGGUUCCUCUCGCGUUCCACCGUACGCAGCUCCGCUCGCCGGCGCCGGCCCUCCUGACCUCCGCGAGCAACAGCAGCGCUUCCUGCGGGGUCUGACCUCCCAGGCUCCCCUGUUCCACGGCCCGCCCCGCCCCGCCAAUCAGCCAGCAGAGAGCGACGGCGGCGACGGCUUCGGCCAAUCCCACGGCGACUGGCGGCGAUCAGCAGGCGCUCGCAACUCUGGUCGAGACGGCUGGAGGAGCUCCGGGCCUGCGGACUGCCCGCCCCACUUCCACAAAAGGCCGCCGGGCCGCUGGAAUAGCCAACCCCCAACCCAUCACCCACGCCCACACCCCGACCGGCACUGGGACCGGGACGGCAAUCUCUCCUCCCUCUCCGACGGCUUCCGGGCCCUGAGGUUGGACUACAACAGCCCCAGGCGCUAUUGGGGUGCUGACCAGACAUCAUCUAGCACCUCCACCGCUGAGCCCAGCAGCAGCAGCAGCUGCAGUAGCGUCGGCGGCGGCAGCAGCAGCAGCAGCAGGAGUGCCGGCAGACCGUGGCCGGACCCGACUGCCCACUCCAUCACUCUCACCCCUGAGAUCCAGCAGCAAGUUCACCAGGCGCUCGUUGCCCUUGGCCCCGGCGAGACUCUCCAGGCCAGGCUACUGGCCAAGAAGCUGCGCCUGCCCAAGAAGGUGGUCAACGGGGCACUCUACGCACUCGCCCGGGUCGGCCAGGCCAGUAAGCAGUGCAGCGCACCCCCUCUGUGGGCGCUGUGCGGAGACCAACGGGGCACUGCAGGGGAGAGCACUGGCGCGGCGUCCGUUGCCGUUGUGAAGCAAGAGCCCACCUCUCCUACCACAGCCCAGCCACAGCAGGCUGUGAAGACCGAACACUCUGUGAGCGAUCAGCUACAGUGGCCUCCUGCUUUAGAGAUUGAAUUUAAGGAAGAGGAAGAAGACGACGACGACGACGACGACGACGAAGAGGAGGAGGAGGACGACGACAACAACAACUACGAUAACCAGUUGGAUCCUCACCGGGAGAAAGAGUCUCCUACUUUGAACUUGUCGAAUCCAGCUGGCGAUCUCUGGCGAGCGAAUCGCACUGAACCAACUCUACUAGAAGUAGCUCUACCAGAACCAGUUCUACCAGACCCAGUUCUACCAGACCCAGAGCUCGAGCCCAGUCCGGGUUCCGCCACAGCCACCGGCAUGGCCGAGUUGCGAGAACAGCGCGAGCGCGUGCUCCAGUACCUGCACGAGACGGGCGAGGCCAACGCGCUGCUCAUCGCCAAGAACCUGGGCCUGCGCACGGCCAAGCAGGUCAACCCGCUGCUCUACGGCCUGGAGCAGCAGGGCCAGGUGAGCCGGCAGUCCGAGGUCACCCCGCCCACCUGGCGCCUCAGCGAGCGCAUGCUGCGCCAGCGCAAGGCCAAGCAGCAGCAGCCACCGCAGCGGCUCGAUGCGGCCCCUGCCGACGCGCCCAUGUCGGAGGACUUUCUUGUGCCGCCCCUCUCCCUCGGAGACGCCCUGGGGAACGGCAUGGCGGCGGCCAUGCGGAGCCUGGAGCCCAGCCCCCCGGGCGAGGAGUUUCCCCAGCUCCAGCACCCGGCCGCCGUCGCCGGGGCGCAGGCGAACGAGCACAACGGGGCGGGCGUCGGAGUCGCCGCCGCCGCCGCCGCUACCGCUGCCGUGGGAACAGACUCGGCCGAGUGGGCGUCGGACGACAUCCCCGAGUUCCUGAACGUGAUCAGCCAGGCCGAGCAGCAGCAGCUGCAGCAGAGCGGCGGCGGCGGCGGCGCGGGACGGCCGGAGGCGGGCACGGUGGCCGUGUCUCUGGCCGCGCCGCCGCCGCACCCCAGCACGCUGGAGGCCAGCCGCCGGCAGAAGCUCCAGGAGGUGCGCAGCAAGAACCCCGUCAGCGGCCUCAUGGAGCUGGCCCAGUACCUGGGGCAGACCUGCGAGUUCCUGCUGCUCGACCAGUCCGGGCCCUCCCACGAACCCAGGUUCCGCAUGCAGGUGAUGCUGGACGGUCGGCGUUUCCCCGUGGCCGAGGCGUCCAAUAAGAAGGUGGCGAAGAACUACGCGGCGGCGGCCACACUGAAGGUGCUGCAGAGGGAGAUGGGGGGAGGAGAGGAGAUGGAGGAGGAGGAGGAGGAGACCAGCGCUAUGGCCCCCGACACCGACACCAUAGAGGAGUUCGCUAGUGGGGAUGCUGCCCCGCCGGCCUUGGCGCGCUCUCUCCCCGGCGGGAAGAAUCCCGUCUCCAUGCUGAUGGAGCACAGCCAGCGGAGCGGCGACGCUGUCGAGUUCAUUAACACACGCCAGGAGGGCCCGCCACACGACCCGCGGUUCAUGUUCCGGGUGAAGGUGGGCGACAGCCUCUUCCCAGAGGCCUCGGCGCCCAGUAAGAAGGCGGCGCGGCAGCUGGCCGCCGAGGAGGCCGUCAAGGAGAUGCUCUCGGACGGACGUCUGCAGCUCAACAAGCCCCAGCCCAGUUUCCUGCCCGGCGUGGACGCUGGUGUGGGCGGUGCCAUGCAGACCCCGGCCCUGCCGGCGUGCCCGUCGCUGCCCCCCCUGAGCGCGGCGGAGCUGCAGCGGGCGCACGAGGCCGGCGUGGGCGACCUCAUCAACCACCUGAACAACAACGCCGUGUCGGGCCUGCUGGAGUACGCCCGCGCGCGAGGCUUCGCCGCCGAGAUCCGCCUGGUGGGACAGAGCGGCCCGCCGCACGAGCCCAGGUUCACAUAUCAGGCCAAGCUGGGAGGCCGCUGGUUCCCUCCGGUGUGUGCCAGCAACAAGAAGCAGGGCAAGCAGGAGGCGGCCGACGCUGCGCUCAGGGUGCUCAUUGGAGAGGCAGAGAAAGCAGCGCGCACUGGAGAGAUUACUUCCGAGCUGCCUGUAACAGGCAGCACCCUCCAUGAUCAGAUCGCCAUGCUGAGCCACCAGCGCUUCAACGCACUCACAGCCCGCAUACAGCACAGCCUUCUGGGUAGGAAGAUCCUGGCCACCAUCGUCAUGCGGAAGGGUGACAACCUGGGGACCGUUGUCAGUCUGGGCACAGGGAAUCGCUGUGUUAAAGGCGAGGAGCUCAGUCUUAAAGGGGACACGGUGAAUGACUGCCAUGCAGAAAUCAUUUCCAGACGAGGCUUCAUCAGGUUCCUCUACAGCGAGUUGUUGAAGCAUUUGGAGGGGUCAGAGGAGAGCAUCUUUGACGUCGCAGAGGACAAUAAGCUCCAAAUCAAGCCGGACAUCACCUUUCACCUGUACAUCAGCACGGCUCCGUGUGGCGACGGGGCGCUGUUCGACAAGUCGUGCAGCGAGUCGGCCACGGAGGCGGGCUCCGGUCACAUGCCCCUCUUCGAGAACGGCAAGCAGGGCAAGCUGCGCACCAAAGUGGAGAACGGCGAGGGCACCAUCCCGGUGGAGUCGAGCACCAUCGUGCCCACGUGGGACGGCAUCCAGCACGGCGAGCGGCUGCGCACGAUGAGCUGCAGCGACAAGAUCCUGCGCUGGAACGUGCUGGGCCUGCAGGGGGCGCUGCUCUCGCACUUCCUGCACCCCAUCUACCUGAGCUCCAUCACCCUGGGUUACUUGUACAGCCAUGGUCACCUGACCCGAGCAGUCUGUUGCCGAUUGGCCAGAGACAAUGAUGCGUUCCUGAAGAACCUGCCUCCACAAUAUACUUUAAACCAUCCAGAGGUGGGGAGGGUGAGCGUGUAUGAUUCCACACGUCACACGGGUAAAACCAAGGAGUCCAGUGUGAACUGGAGUCAGCCAGACCAACUGACUGUGGAGGUGUUGGACGGGACCAAGGGCAAAGUGGAUGGGCCAAAGCUGGAGGUGUCGCGCGUGUCCAAGUCCAGCCUCUUCCGUCUCUUCCAGGAGCUGUGCAGUCGCGCUGGCCGCACGGACCUGAUGGCGCUGCCCUCGUACGCCCAGGCCAAGAUGGCCGCCGGGCCAUUCCAGCAGGCCAAGGGGAUCUUCUUCCAGGCGCUCGGGCAGCACGGCUACGGCGCCUGGAUCGGCAAACCCCUGGAGGAGAAGAGCUUCGAGGGGAACGACAGCAAUGGCGCGACCGAUGCAUCUGCCAACAUUUACGCUAAUGCUAAUGCUAAUGCUAACGCUGAUGCUAACUUAGCUACCCACCCCUACAGUGUAGCAUACCCCCAGAGCCAGUAAUCCCAGUGGAUGGGGUGGGGGGGGAGGGGAAGAAGAGAAAGGGGGUUGAUGAGAGAGAGAGAUGUGAGCUGUGAAAAGAGAGGCGUAGCCAGGAGGGAGUGAUGUCCCUGGCAGAGAAAACUGCAGUGAUUGAGUCAGACAGGGGUGGGGGGUGCGGGGGGGUGUAGAGGGAAAGAAAGAGGGGGAGAGCUGAAAGAGGGGAGCAUGGACGAUCUCCUUGACACUACUGACAUCACUCUAGGCGAGUUGUCACAGUAACCAAACUGCAAACAAAUCAAGCCCCGCAGCAUUUAGGCCUAGAUGGAGCUAGUGGUCAAGCAAAUUGUUUAGGUAAGUGAGUGAGGAAAUGUCCAAGAUGAUUAUUUUAGGAAUCCUUUUUUUAAUUAAGUGUUGAGAUUUAUGAUAUCUCUUUCUCUCUCUCUGAUAUACAAUUUAUUAAUUGUAGAGAUUUAUGAUAUCUCAUAUAUACGGUUAUAGAACAAUCAUACUGUUGACAACCUCAUAGCUGGGCGUAAAAACUUAAUACAAAUAGUUGCAUUUAGUUCUUAAGAGUCUAGAGUUCAUGGGUAAAUUAUUUGUCAGUCUGUAAGGUUCUUGCGUUCCAUCCCUAGGCUCCUGCGUUCCAUCCCUAGGUUCCUGAGUUCCAUCCCUAGGUUCCUAAGUUCCAUCCCUGAGUUCUACCUACUUCAGCUGUCUGUCAAAGUGUCGUCUACUUUUUGAUCCACAGCCUUGUCAUGUUUUGCCUGUUCUUAUUGUAUGUGCUUUACACACACUGAAGAGAAAUGUUUUUUUUUGUUUGUUUGUUUUGUUUAAUGUAGUUAAAAAUGUAUACAUAAUAUACAUACAGAUACAUGUACACACAGAUGUGUGUAUAUAUACCCUCUGCACUAUUGUGUGUGGAUAUAUAUAUUUGGAUUUGUGUGUUUAUGUAUAUGUAUAUAUUGUAUGUAUAUAUUUUCUAGAUAAAUGACUUGUUUUAUAUUCAACUUUUUUAAAAUAUUGGGGAUUGUAAAGGAAGUGUGGCUUCAUUCUUUUCCUUUUUUUUUAAGACAUAACAAAUUAGUGAUUUGCCAUUACCUGAGUAUGCGAGCGCGUGCACACACUCCCCGACGUGUGUGUGCAUUUCUGCACUAAGGCCCAUCGCGGACGUCACUGAUUUUGUUUUUGUUUUUUUUUUAAAAUGAUACUCCAUGUUCAUUUUACUGGAUCAUAUUUGGUCUCUUCUCUGAUCUUUGCAGCUGUAACAUUCUGAACUGUGAGGACAGGCUGAGGUUCUCUCCUGCAAUAAACAGAAUGAAAACCA